UGUGCGACCCGCUGAGCAGCGCAGUGUAAAAUCAACAGGGAGAGGAGAAACAGAUAAUCACUGAGACUUCUUCUGUUCAUAGUACGUUUUCUGGGGUUUUCUAUUAUCGUGUCUUUCAAGAGCUUAGUCAAUUCUGUUAAGAAUUUUAAAAGUUUCAACUAUUCUCCUAGCCCUGUUUUCCAUCUGUUAUAGGAACAGUUGAUAGCAGUAGUCUAAGUAUUUUAGAGUAGAAUUAUGGGUAGAAGUCAGAUGAAUUUGGGCUGCGCUGCUCAUCGCCCCGCAGUCCUCGUGGCUCGCGCUGCCCAGUGGCUCGUGCAGGUGUUUGCCUCAGCGCUGCGUGGUGCUUCUGAGGAGCUCAGUUUGGACCGGUUUAAGAUGUGUACACGGAUAGAGGAGACACGUCAGUUUACUUACUGACGCCAAUUUAGACGGCAACGGAGUCGAUGAUAAACCGUUAGGCUACUUAUUAUGUCAUACCAUACAAAACUGCUCUCUCUCUCUCUCUCUCACACACACACACACACACACACACACACAGGCGCUGCCUCACUUUUUUUUGCUAUACCUGCGAUUAAGUAGCAACAGCUAGCAUCAUGACUUCACACGGGCAGAAAGACGCCACGUCUGAGCAACAAAAGGGCAAUGCUCGCACUCUGACCUUAAUGGUAACUUCUGCUGCAGUUGGGGGAACAUUACAAUACGGAUACAACCUUACCAUUAUGAAUGCACCCACUGUUUAUAUUCAGAACUUUGUUAAUGAGACGUUUCAGAAGCGCUGGGAGAUACAGUUAGAGGAGUACCAGGUUACAUUGAUCUGGACACUCAUAGUGUCUGUCUUCUCAUUGGGUGGUCUUACAGGGUCUCUGUUGGCCGGGCCCAUGUCCAUCCACUUUGGGAGGAAGAAAACUAUGCUGCUGAACAAUAUUUUUCUAAUGUCCAGUGCACUGCUGGCUGUGACAAGCCGGCAUGCUCAGUCUUUUGAGAUGAUCAUCAUCUCCAGAUAUCUGGUUGGCAUCAAUGUGGGGGUCAGUAUGAAUGUGCAGCCAAUGUAUUUUGGUGAAAGUGCACCAAAACACUUACGUGGUGCUGUGGCCCUGUCCUCUUCUGUCUUCACCUCUUUUGGGUUGGUGCUAGGACAAGUGGUAGGUUUGAGGGAGGUGCUGGGUUGUGAAUCAUGUUGGCAAUACUUGUUAGCGAGUAAUGCUGUGCCAGGCUUCAUUCAGCUUCUCACACUACCCUGGUUCCCAGAGAGCCCGCGGUACCUUCUCAUUGAUCGUGGGGACAAGGACGCCUGCUUAAAGGCACUGCGGCGGUUGCGAGGCUGUGAGGUGCAGAAAGAGGAGUUGGAUGAGAUGCUGCAAGAGCAGGCUGAAUCUCAGGGCAGGCGAGCUCAGCAGCCCUGGGAGCUCUUCAGUGACCGUACUGUUCGUUGGCAACUCAUCUCAGUCGCCGUCAUAAGCAGCGCCAUGCAGUUGUGCGGUAAUGACUCAAUUUACUUCUAUGCUUCUUACAUAUUUCAAGAGGCGGGAAUAUCAGUUGAAUACACCCAGUAUGUGACCAUUGGCACUGGCACAUGUGAAUUCACCGCCUGUAUUCUGUGUAACCUGUUGAUAGAACGGAAGGGUAGAAGGCUGCUUUUAAUGGGAGGUUAUGUGCUCAUGACUGGCUGGGCUAUAGUUUUCACCGUGGCUCUUUCAUAUCAGCAUGUAGUACACUGGAUGCCUUACCUGAGCAUGGUCUGUGUGUUCACCUAUAUCCUCAGUUUUGGGAUCGGACCAGCGGGGGUGACUGGAAUUCUCCCUACUGAGAUUUUUAACCAGGCAGCUCGCCCUGCUGCCUACAUGAUUGCUGGUUCUCUAAUGUGGAUUAAUCUCUUCAUUAUUGGAAUGCUAUUCCCAUUCAUUGUGAGUGGACUAGGUCAGUUCUGCUUUGUGCCAUUUGGUGUUGUCUGUCUUCUCACUGCUGUCUAUAUUGGACUGGUUUUGCCUGAGACCAAAGGAAAAACACUACCCAUGAUCACAAGCGAAUUCCACAGGCUUAACUUCCACAAAAAAGAGAAGACGGGUCCAAAGUGCAAAGACGUUCAUUACCAACUAGGCGAAGUCCACCACUCAACUGCCCUCUAAGCUACUUAUUUAUAUAUUUGGAAUUCCUGUAAACUUAUGAAUGCUGGAGCGCUCUGUUGAAGAGUAAAAGGUUUACCCAAAUAUAACCACAUAGACACUUUAUUGUAAGACCAUUUAUUCACAAAUUUAAUUUGUUUUUGUCUUAUAGGUAUAAAAAUAUAUAGAUAUGAUAUAUAGAUAUCUAACCACAAUAUCUAACCCUGUUUUUCCUUUAUAGUAAUUAUAUGAAUUAGCACUUUUUAAAAUCUUUUUAAGCUAUGUUUUCACUUGUAAAUUCUCUCACUCUCUGGAUAAAAGCUAGAACAAAUAAGGUCUCAACUAGUACAAACAUACUGCUGGUGUACUCUUUAAUCACAAUAAACCAUGAUGGAAAAUAUGGCUUUAUUAGUCUACUAUGUGCCGAGUAGAAUUCGCAUUUUGAGCGCUUACUACCUUACUGUUGUCAGUUUGAAAUAUUCUAUGUUCAAAUAUUCUAUAUACAUUCACCAGUCACUUUAACAGGAACACCUGU